GAUGACGUCAGGUAGAAGCCCCGCCCUCCCCCGGCUCCCGUGCACACCGCUUCCUUUCCUGUCUGUGCUGGCAGCAGUCGGGAGGCCGCAGACAUGGGGAUCUUGGAGAAAAUCUCCGAGAUCGAGAAGGAAAUCGCCAGGACCCAGAAGAACAAGGCCACUGAAUAUCACUUAGGGUUGCUGAAGGCCAAGCUAGCCAAGUACAGAGCCCAACUUCUGGAACCUUCCAAAUCUGCGGCCGGCAAAGGAGAGGGCUUCGAUGUGAUGAAAUCUGGAGAUGCCCGGGUAGCACUGAUCGGGUUUCCCUCUGUUGGUAAGUCCACGUUUCUGAGUUUGAUGACGUCCACGGCGAGCGAGGCCGCUUCCUACGAGUUCACCACCCUGACCUGUAUCCCAGGAGUCAUAGAGUAUAAAGGAGCCAACAUCCAGCUUCUGGAUCUGCCGGGAAUUAUUGAAGGUGCAGCCCAAGGAAAGGGUAGAGGUCGCCAGGUCAUAGCCGUGGCUCGGACAUCGGACGUGGUAAUCAUGAUGCUGGAUGCUACGAAGGGUGAAGUCCAGAGAUCCUUAUUAGAGAGAGAGCUGGAGUCUGUGGGUAUACGGCUGAACAAACGCAAGCCCAAUAUAUACUUUAAGCCCAAGAAAGGAGGAGGCAUCUCAUUCAACUCCACCGUCCCCCUGACCCAGUGCUCUGAGAAACUGGUGCAGCUCAUUCUACAUGAAUACAAAAUGUUCAACGCUGAGGUUCUGUUCCGGGAGGACUGCAGCCCGGACGACUUCAUAGAUGUCAUAGUGGGGAACAGAGUGUACAUGCCCUGUCUAUACGUAUAUAACAAAGUCGAUCAGAUCUCCAUGGAGGAGGUGGACAGGCUCGCGCGACAGCCGAACAGCGUGGUGAUCAGUUGUGGAAUGAAGCUGAACCUGGACUACCUGCUGGAAAUGUUAUGGGAAUAUUUGGCUCUUACCUGUAUCUACACUAAAAAGCGCGGACAGAGGCCAGAUUUUUCAGAUGCCAUCAUCCUCCGGAGGGGUGCUUCAGUGGAACACGUGUGUCAUCGGAUUCACAGGACACUCGCCAGCCAAUUUAAAUACGCCCUGGUUUGGGGAACCAGCACCAAAUACAGCCCCCAGAGAGUAGGACUGACGCACAACAUGGAACAUGAAGACGUCAUCCAAAUUGUUAAGAAAUAAAAUGGCCGACACCAGUGACACACGGAAGCCAUCGACUGCUGCCUUACAUCUUCUGUAUAAAUCUCAUUAGAAACCUCACACAACCCCCGAUGUUACAGCCGCCAUUACCACAUCCCCAACUUGUAAGCGAUAUCCUCCGGAAUGGACGCUGUUGAUAUCGUAACCGUAAAGACACCAACUGCGUAACUUCAAGGGAACUGGGAAUGUAGUCUGGUUUACAGCAAAUAAACAAUAUAUUGGUACCUUGGCACAAUGGA